ACGGGCGCUCUCUCUCUCUCUCUCUCUUUUUUAUCAAUUUUUAUUUUUAUUUGUGGUCAUUUCUCACUAGAACCUAAUGCUGCUGGAUCAGUUAUAACAGCAGCUCAAGAUCAUCGAUCGAGUGGAUCAUUCAUUGUUAGGGUGCUGGUUUCUUUUGUUUUUCCGGGCAUUCAUGCUUAAGAGGGAGGGUUCCUUUGUUUUACCCCACGGAUUAACAUCUGUUUGUUAAGAGGGAGGGUGAAAGGGGGUCAGAUCUACUCUAUUCAUUAAGUCUUUUUUUUUCUUUUUUCAAAUCUGGGUUUUUCUUUUAAACCCUAAAAAAGAAAGAAAAAGAAGAUAUUUAAUUACUGGUUGUUUGAAUUGAAUGGAGUUUCUUAAAAUGAACAAGUUGAGGAGAAAGGGGCUUAAAGCCGACAGGGAGGCUGAGGAGCUCAUCAUCAAGAAAGAGAAGGAGGAUGCGAAUGGUGAGUUGGGGAAGGCGGUGGAUGGUGAUGAGGAGGAGGAGGACGAUGAUGAUUUCAUAAUGAAUGAGGUGAAGAGGAGGUUGAAGGAGCUCAGAAGAAACAGUUUUAUGGUGCUCAUUCCGGAAGAAGAAGCAUGCGGCGAAGAAGAAGAGGAAGAAAUGGAAAUGGAAAUGGAGGAGGGUGAAGGAGGCAGCUCCAACGAGUGGAGAGAUGUGGAAGAAGAAGGGCGACGCUUGUGGUCUUGUUUUGGUGCCUUCUAUGAUAAGUACUGCGACCGCAUGCUCUUCUUUGAUCGUCUGCUCCUCAAGCAAAUUAUUGCUUCUUCUUCUUCAAACAAUAAUAAUAAUCCCUCACCACCUGUCUCCAAGAAGUUCACAUCCCCCCUUCGGUGUCUCUCUUUGAAAAAAACCCAACUUCCUCCUCCUCAAGAUGAUGCAGCAGUAGAAGAGAAUGAUCCCUAUCUGGAUCUUGAGACUUCAUACGUCUCUCAUCUCUGCUUGAGCUGGGAGGCACUCCACUGCCAGUAUACGCAGCUAGCUUGUACUCAAUCUGAUGAUAAAUGUUACAACCACAGUGCCCAGCAGUUCCAGCAGUUUCAGGUUUUGCUGCACCGCUUUAUCGAAAAUGAACCUUUCCAGCCCGGCCCCAGGCCCCAAAUUUAUGCUCACUCCAGAAUUUCCUUUCCCAAACUUCUGCAGGUUCCAAAUAUAUCAGGUCAAGAGAUGACAGAAGAGGAAUCGGAUAUGUUGGUGCGCGCUCCAGACCUUAUCAGAAUAAUCGAAAGCUCGAUUCUUACUUUCCAGAUGUUCAUAAAGAUGGACAAGAAGAAGAAGCCAAAUGGUGUCCGGCAUCUGUUUGGAGGUCAAGGCCAGAACCAGAUGGCUACCCCUCUUCAGCAGGUUCAGUCUUCACUGGACAAGAGGAAGGUGAAGUUGAAGGAGCUGUGGAAGAGGAGGAAAGGGGGGAAGAAGAACGAGUGGCCUGCAACACAAGAGGAGGUGGAGUUGUUACUUGGACUGAUAGAUGUGAAGGUGAUGGGCAGGGUGCUGAGGAUGGUGAAGAUCAGCAAAGAGCAAUUGUUUUGGAGUGAAGAAAAGAUGAAGAAGCUAGAUUUUGUAUCUGCAAAACUACAAAGGGAUCCAUCUCCCAUUCUUUUCCCUUGUUGAUCAUGUACUUACUGCUUGUGUUCAAAUUCAACUUUAUAACAAACAAACGGGGAUUUUCUUUUGCUAUUCCAUCCAUAUUGCUCCCUCCUUCCCCAUGUUUCAUUUUCU